UCUCCUAUGUUGAAGCAGUUUGUUAAAUGGACUUCACUUUCUUCAUCCCCUUGCUUCUUACCUCAUUUUUCUAGUGAUUGGAAGUCAACCUUCAACAAAACUUUGAACAUAUCUUCCUUCAUUAAGGGAUCAAAAUUAGAUAAGAGGUGGAAUUUGGAUUCAAAAUGUAGUGCAAGAAGGAGAGUUGUAUAUGAAGAUGAAGAAGAGGAUGAAGAAUAUGGUUAUAAUGCAGAGAUAGCGAUGCUGGAGACAUAUACUCAAUCUGCAAGAAAUGAAGCUCUUCUUGUGAAAGCAAUGGUUGAUGAAGAGGAGGUUGAAGUCCUUAUCUUCAAGGGAUUCUCAUCAUGUUUGAGCUAUGGGACUUCACCAGAUCCUUCAAGAAGUGUUCUUCCUGCAAGAGCACAGAUUAAGUUCAUAGAUAGAGUUAGAGGGCCUUUUGAACCCUCCAAUAUAGAGUACAUUGAGAAAGGUUUGACAUGGGAAUUCUUCAAGAGCCGCCUCCAAUCAAAUUAAUUAUAAUGCAAGGAAGCAUAUUUCAACUUGUUAAUUUAUUUCAACUUCAAUAUUUUUUU